AUGUACAAGGAUUCAGUUGUUCCAGUGAAAGCUGAAACGUUCAGUGGCAUGGCUGCUAAAAGCCCAAUAAGUCAAAGCAUCAAGACGGUGCUGCGACGCGCUUGUGUGGAGAAACGACUUACAGUCGGUCUCCUCCCUGCCAUCCAGUACCUGUCAAAAAACAGCAACCGGGCCCUCUUCUGUCUGACGGCAGAAGCGCCGCCAGGUGAUAGUGCAACGCACAUGCAAGAAGUAUUACUUCAAGCAUUCUGCGUCGAGAACGACAUCUAUGUCAUUAAGGUUGACUCCGAAACUAAGAUUCGGAAGUUGUUGGGUGGGUGCGGAGCCUCGAUGGACUUCAGCUGUGUCCUCGUGCACUAUCCGUACACAGACCCGUUUAGUGAUAGUCAAGAAUUCGACUUCUCAUCAUUAUCAGACGCCGAGAGAGACCUCAUCGAGCACUGCGAGAUGAACUGGGGAUACUCCCAGACACCCGUCAUCAAGCUGCCUGAGAAGUGA